AUGGACAUUCAUAAUAACGAACCUACUGGACGCCCUUCAAAACCAGAUCCACAAUGUUCAAUUUGUUUGGAUGAUUUAACCAAUAAAUGUUAUACCAAUGCAUGUGUGCAUUUAUUUUGUUUUGGUUGUUUACAAUCGUGGUCAAAUAAGUGCUUACAACGAUCUGCAAUUUCAGAACCAACUUGUCCAUUAUGUAAGCAAACUUUCACAUACAUUUAUCAUUCAUUUGAUAAUCUAGGCGGCUUUGAAACAUAUACUGUUCCUAUACUACCGUGUCCAAGACCAAGAAUAUCCAUACGGCCAUGCUUUCAUAUAUCAAAUAUUAACAGAAUGUUCAGAAAUAUGCAUUGGUUUUUGAAUAUGGAUCGUGUAAACCAGUCAAUAAGUACCUCCCGGAAUGUAUUUGGCUUGAAUGAAGUGGAAGGGAUCCACAAUCAUGGUCAAUUUUAUCACCCAUCUCAGUACUUGCCACGUCUUCAUUUCCAAAUACCAAUCAAUGGUCAAGAAAUGAGAAUACAAGUGUAUGUUAGAAAUUCAUGGGCUUUACCAUUACCCGAUAUAUUUGGCCGUUUUAGAUAUUGUACCUCUGCUUACUACCGAAAUUAUCCAACAGAAAUGCACAGAUUGCAUACAUUCAUCCUUAGAGAUGUUGUGGCCAUAAGGGAGUCUGUACGAUUAGAGGGUCUGCCCAUGCCUUUCCCUGAGAACGCUGAUAUGAUUGUAACAAGUUCGAUAUUGGAAUCACUAGCAAAUUAUGAAAUAAGGGAUUUAAAUUUUCUGAAUACCUUAAGGCCUUUUCUGAACACACAUGCAGUACAUUUUUGCCACGAACUAUACAAUUUUGCUAGUAGUCCUUACGAAAUUGAGGAAUAUGAUUUCAAUUUGCAACAUACACAUCCUCCGCGUGAAUUGACUGCUCCAUUUUAUCAAGAACAAUUACCACCAAUCAUUGGUGAAAUCAAUGUAAUGCAUUCAGUUAAUGAAGAACCCCAAAGUAUAAAUAUAAUAGAAGAUAGUUCUAGAACCGAUUACACUGAUGUUGAAAUUCCAAGUCAUUCCUUGCGUUCUACAGAUCCACUUAAUUCGUCCUCUAUUGACCAGCCAUCUACAUCUACUGGAAUUCGAGAUUCUUUGGAUAGACAAAAUGAUAGUUUUCAAUCCGUAUAUGGUGGUUUAUUUCGAGUGUCAUAUUCAUCACAAGUAAAAAGAAACAGGCCGAAUCAAUAA